UGUGGGUUUUUUUGUAUUAAUGACUUUACCACUGAUCCCCAUGGUUGGCACUGGGCCAUUGAAAACUCUUUCAUGCAUCAACAGGCAAGCAUCAAUGCUCAUUCAGUGGUCAAACCACAUACUGUAUGCCGGUCAUGCUGCGUACAGCCUACAUGUACAUGUAGGUAGCCUCGGGCUUGAUCCCAUUAACAAACAGAGUCACAGUAACCAAUGAUGCCCCUGCCACAAUCCAUGACAAUGGUCUAGUUGUCAGGGGCUCCCUGGGCCGUCCACUCUGCACUGGAUGGGACCUGAUGUGCCUGGCAGUUGGCCGGCGGUGGUGGCAGAAAGUGGUCAGAACGCAAAUGUCAGUGUGCCUGCAUUCCUGGUUACUCCUUCACUGGUCGGGGCAGGCGAGUGGAGCAGUGAGCUAUUUACUGUCAUUAUGUGCUGGUCCGUCAAAGUCGUCAGAGAGCUUUUGCAGUAGGAUUUGUCGGCCACUGUGGAUACUUGCUACACUACACAUGCACUUAUGAAAUGUAUUUGUGUACACCUUCACUGAAGACAUCUUUCUGCCUAAACUCACUCGGCUUGUACACGUAGUUGAAUAUGAAACGUACAGCGAAUGCAAUGGUUUCUUUUUUUUUCACGGAUAUGAGAUAACCAGAGACAUCUUUCGCUGUGACUGAGGAUUGAAACAAGGCUGGAGAGUCGCACAGAGUGGAUUGGUAACCGCCGGGCUGUUUGAAAUACAUGUACACCUGGAUGGGUUCUACAGACCACUGAAAGCAAUCAUAUACUGGUAUGAUAUGUUUGUAGAUUGCUGAAAUCUACUGGUACUUCCCAUCACGUUCUUCAAAUUGGCAGGUGUCCUCUUACCACCUGCCUCAACAUUACUUUACAGUGAGCUGUUUGGGUCAGCAAGACAGCAUCAGCAUCUGCAUGCACUCAGAAUUGUAUCGUCCGUCACUUCAGUACGGCCCAACCCCCCCCUCCUGCUUCUCUGUGCUUGCUUUGGCUCUCGGGCCCACUGAGCCUUGAAUUUGACUGGGCCUGUAGAAACCACUUCCUGGCUCAGUGUUCAGAAAUGUCCGGUUGUCAUGGCGACGUGAUAAGGGUGCUGACUACGGUCGCUUGAUCGGAGAUGCGAUUCUGCUAGGGAGCUCAGCUUGUGUGUGUGUGUGUGUUACUGUUAAAUCCUUGUGUGCUGUUGUCAGGAGAGGCCACAGGUACAGGUAGGGAGACCGUACGUGGCCGGGGUCUUCAGGUUUCACUGUGUGUUUGCACUGACUGCGUCAGAAGCCAGAAAAAUUUUCUCCAUUGUACUUCCGACCAGGGGAUGGUACGGUUGCGUGGGCAGUUGCAUCAGGUCCUUGCUCUCUGCGGUUCAGGGCCAUCGUGUAGCUGAUCCAGUCAAGAAAUGUUUCACGCUGGAUCAGGUCUGUCCAGUGGGAAUGACUUUGCCCAUUUGCUUGACAUCCUUGAGCACACGUCUGGGCUGCAAAAACGUCAUUGAUUCUUGGAACCAGCAGAUCAUUUCUCUAGAAACUUUUUUCUUUUGUAAUAAAUACUCAGUGUUCAUUUGGCCUGGGACCUGACAGAGUACAAUUCUUGAAUACACUCCAAGCAUGGAAAGUACAAGAUCAUUUAGAAUGGCCCCUUCAAAAGUGCAUUUUUCGGAGGCACUGGACUAGAUAUACGGUACAUGUACAUUUAAGGAUUGAUAUCCACGUGCCAGGUGGAGUUGUUGUGGGUCUUGCUUGUCCAGCGGACAGAGUACUUCCCCAUCCUUGGAUAUCUCCGGUCAUUUCCAGUUGCCCAUGGGAUGGUCAUUGAUGGUCAUCAGGAAAAAUAUGAACAACGAAGAAGAUGGGAGGAGGGGAGGCAUAUCGUUUGAUCGGACGGACAAAGCGGCCAUUUACGUUCGCAUGCUCGGCGAUGUCCGUGUAAAAUCCAAACAGCUGAUGUCACGUGCCGAUGGCAGACGCGGCUCUCUUCCCGACAGUGAGUACAAGAUCAUUGAAGCCAUUGACAACAAUGUGAGGAGGACCAGUCUGAAGCAUUCCCGAGAGUUGAGCUUGCCAAAGGUCACUGUUCAAGCCACGGCCAUCAAGUCGCGGCCACCAAUUAUCCCGGAAUCCUCGUCGCAUCUUGAUAGCUGGUACUGUGGGCAGGCAAAUCAACUUCUCACUAGGCUCUCGUGCUGGGAUUUCAACAUCUUUCACUUGGAACAAGUCACUGGAGGCCACUCCCUGAGGUUUCUGGGCAUGCAGCUCUUUCAGAAGUACGAUUUGAUCCACAAGUUUCAGCUGGACCCAACCAAUUUGUGGAAGUGUUUAGUUGCCAUAGAAACUGGUUAUCAUGGAAACCCCUACCAUAAUGCAUUGCAUGCUGCAGAUGUCACACAGGCUAUGUACUGUUAUCUUCAAGAGAUGAAGCUGCGUGAGGUUCUGACACCCAUCGAGGUCAUGUCGGCCAUCUUGGCAUCGGCAACCCAUGACCUAGACCAUCCAGGGGUCAACCAGGUGUUUCUAAUAGCAACUAGUAAUCACUUAGCAGAGUUGUAUGGGAAUUCAUCGGUGCUCGAAAAUCACCACUGGCGUGCAGCAAUAUCCGUGCUCAGGGAGUCAAAACUGCUAGAUCACCUAGACAAGAAGUUGUGGGAUUGCGUCGUUGAACAAAUCAGCUCGCUCAUUCUAGCUACAGACAUUGCCAGGCAGCAGGAAUUCUUGCAAAACUUCAAGAAUCACCUCAGUGCCAAUGACUUUGACAUGAAAGAUGCAGGGCACAAAAACUUCAUCUUGCAGAUUGCACUGAAGUGUGCCGACAUCUGUAAUCCCUGCAGGAGAUGGGAGAUAAGUCGGCGAUGGAGUGAAAUGGUCACAGAAGAAUUCUACAAUCAGGGCGACAGAGAGCGGGGACUGAAACUACCGCUGACUAUGAACUGUGAUCGUUACAAGAACACCAUACAGCAGAUACAAGCAGGGUUCAUGAAGUUUGUGGUGGAACCGCUCUUUACGGAGUGGCACCGUUUCAUGCCCACUGAGCUCUCGGAUUUAAUGCUCUCCAAUGUCCACAAGAACAAGGCCUCCUGGGAAGCAUUUGGCGAGCAGGAGAAAGCAGCCGCCGAGAACGAUAGACUGGCCAAUCAGAAGCUGGCAAGCAAGCUGCGGAAAGUGGAGGGCCAGUCUGCGGUGAACACCAAGGAAGGGGCACCAGCCAAAUCGGAGUCCGCCUCGAAAGAAGCGCAGUUGAACAACAACAACAACGCCACCACAGCUGGAGUCACCAUGGCGACCACUGUGUUAAGCUCAGCAGGUGCUGUGCUGAGAGACGUGCAGGUUUCAAGUGCAAUGGAUGUGGACAACAGAUCGGUGGAUGUACACAAUACGACGUCACAUGUCACUGAGAGUAUUGCUGAGGAGCCGUCAUCAGCUAGCGUAACUCAGGGAAAAACAGACACUCAAGGCCGCGCCCAGCCGCAGAAUAGGUCAAGCAGGGGCGUGACACCACAAGAGAAUCCAACACUGUCCCAAAUGCCAUCUAGGAGUGCAUUGUCAUCAGACUAUCGGAGGCAGAGACCUCUGUCUGUGGGAAACCUAGAGGAGGUUUCUGUCUCGAGGGACGAAAAACAUGGACUGGCCGCCCCCUCGAAGAUGCAUAGCAACCCUGGCUCCCCAGUGGUUUCUAGAACACAAGCUGUUCGACAGUUUAGUUUACGGUUGCACCGUUCACCCGAACAGGCCAUUCCCAAACCUACCAGUUAUGAAGACCCUUGGCUCGUGCGGACUGUCGACCCAAACAGAACUAAUCUGUCCAUCUCAAUGCACAAUAGCCCCCGCCAGGAAGUACUGUCACCUGAGUCAAGUACAGUGUCUAAGGAGUUAGGUAGCCACAGGACUCAACCAUUUAGUUCCGAUAGGGGGAGGACAUUUAAGGAGGGGUCAAACACCAAGGGGUACGAACUCACCACUGGUAUCAAUAACAACCUCAGUGUUCACGUUCAACCUGGGUCCCCACGGUUAGAAACCACCAGCGUGCGAGGGCACGGCCUCUAUUCGGUCCCGUCACCGUCGCCAGUCAAUCGCAGCAUUGCUCACAGCCGACUGACGACCUCCUCGACAGGCUCCAAGUUCAGUCAUUCCACGCACCAGCUGCAAGUCUCCUACGAGCACAGCUCAGCAUCGGAUCGCGGGCACAGGCUGAGCCCACACGUGAACAGGCGAGAUGAGGCCCCUCACCGGGAGCCGGGAAGGGGGCCAUUGGCGGGGAGGAGCUUGGCUGAGAUGGGGUCGCCAUGGAUACGGAAAAGAAUGGAGGAGAGAGAUCAGCGAAGGCGGAUUAGCAAGAGUUCGAGUAUCUCCCCUAGUCUUUCCCCUCGGCCCCCACCCCGGAUGCUGGGUCAAGCCACCAGUAGCUGGUACUCGGUACCACCAGCGCUCGGCCCCGUCAUACAGGACUUCACCUCAUCCCAGCUGGCCUCCAUCGCACAGCAUAAAAAGCAGUCCAAGGAGAUGCAGUCCAAGACUGUACCUCCGACGACAAAGGGAGAUUCAUUUUAGGCCGACAAUUGCCAUGCCAUGAUUCUCCAGCAUUCAGGAUUGCGUUCAUAACGGUCUGCGUUAGGGAGGAACUUGUUGCAUGAGGGCGCUGUUUGCAUGUUCAGCGUUUGCUCCCAGUUCUUAUCUUAGAUACCCGCUAGCCGAGAAACCGACUAGGAGUGACUGUGGAAGUUCCGUUUGACCAACUCAGUUUAGUUGAGACCAAGGUGGUCACGUCACUGGUUGUCGACAGCCACCUUUGAUGCAAGGCGUCUUCACGUGCAGGGUAUCAACAAAUUUGAGGUUUCCUCGGCAAACUUCCUGACUGUUGUUUGGGACCGAUUAAAGUUUACUCUGCUCUGAAGCGGCAAAGUGGAUGUCACAUUGAGGCGAGCAUUUCUACAUGUAACUUGGUCAAGAAUUGCAGUCUUCGGUCGUUUUUGGCCGUGCACCCUAUCAUUAAGAUUUUACCGCAGCCACAAAUUACUGUCCACUUUUGGAGUUGGUGGCGUAUUCCCUGGUUGUCGUGGAAAUCUUUGCUCAGUCUCUUCUGCGGACUCCACUUAGCAAGGGAAAAAAGUGACAAAGAAACCUCUUGAGGAUGUGGAAGUUGGCAGAACUGCGUAAAGGCAAGAAAUAGGCUUUUUUGCAAGCAUAGCUUGAAAUUUUCAUGAAAGUAAUUUUGCACCGUGCCAAAUUUCAUUUCUUUUUUGUCAACGGUGGCUACAGAAACUUUUUGUGUGACGUGGCUGCAUUUUUUAAAUCUUAACACCCCCCCCAACGACAGGUUGGACAGUGUCAACUCUAAAAAGUGCUGCAGUUUUUGGUUCCUUUUUGCAUCAGCUAUUUUAAUAAGGGAGUGAUUUUUGAAAGCUGCGUGUAUGUGAUAAAAGGUGGUAUCAUCAGCGUAUGUCAGCUUUUAGGUCAAGUCAAACGAAGUACAGUUAUACAGAAAUGUUUAGUCAUGGUGGUAUCAAAAUGUUACGUCUAAUUUGUCCAAUUUGUCUUCUGAAAUUGUCGGAAGCCUUGAAAGCAAGUCUCAGUAUUUAGUAUACAUACGCAUGUGUGUGAAUACAGACUUGGUCUCGAGCCUUCUGUAGGUGUCAUUCAUUUACUUGUGAAUAAAAGAAAGUCGUUUGUUCUAAAAAUGCCAAAUUCUGGCUAAUGUUUGGUGCAAGCGUUUACUCAAAUACUCAUUCAGAGUCUUCAAGCUGAGUUUUGAUCUCGAUUCUCACAUUUGAAUGUCAUUGGUGCCACAAAGAAACUGAUGCACCAACCACACAUUGUAAAAGCAAAAUGAGGUUUGACUUCAGAAGUCAGGACUCUCUGGCAACUGGUUUAUUUAAAUGUAGGAAUUGGUAACUGUUUUCUUCUCAAACUGGCAGUCUAAAUGCACCCACGUUGGGAACAAGUGCUGUUCCUUGAGUAGGAACAAUUACUUAAUGAAAAGAUUCGCUGCUCUGAGUAUAAGUACUAAAAGACACUGAGUGUGAGUCCAGCAUGAGAGUGGUAUCUCAACGCCCUGGCGAGCUCUGCACUGAGGGGACAGUUUCCUGUGUUCAGAAGUUUGGUACCAAGUUGUGGGGACAAAGCAUUGUCCUCAUAACUACUAUCGUUAAACACUUGUGUAGCCCCCACAGCUACGGUGCCAGUGUGCGUGGUCUUGUCGAGUUCAUUAUUUUUAAUAAAAGUAAGUGUUCAGAAGGGCUGCAACGUGGAACAGUACAUUGCACAUGGCUGAGGCCAGGAUGCUUGCUGCCCUCUAUUGACAGAAGUUUUUCAAUGUGAUUUGUAUUCUGAGUAUGGUUCACUGCCAAUUGUGUUUGUUUCCAAAGUUUACCUCGAUACAUGGGUUUCUGUUAUACAUGUACAUUUCUAUUCAUGUUGCUGCUGUUGGAUUUCCAUGCAUUAGGUAGAUUUUGAAGAAAUAGGAUAAGAAAACAGCACGUGAAUUUUUAAUUUUUUAGAAAAACUGCAGUGUCAGUGAAAAUUUUAAAGUGGUUCCCUUGAAAUAUCGCAGUUGCUUUUCAAAGUGCGUACACGUCUGUCAAAUGUUCACGGCCAACACGAGGCCACGUCUAAGUCUGGAGCUGCAUGUGUUCAGGUUUCAAUACCCUUCACCAAGGCGUUGGGUAAAUCUAGCCUACUGUAAACGGUGCGUGCACCCACUUAGAGGGGUCUGGUCUGCCUGCCUUUUGCAUGUGUUGUGUGCCAAUAGCUUCGACUCACACUCACAUGUACAUGCCCCACGACCAGUCCAUAACCUAACAGGUCAUGCGUAACAUGCACGAUUGUGCCACAUACUCUGUGCUGUAUAUGGGAUUUCCCAGAGUACACCUGUAGCUAUACCAUACGAAGGUUGGUGCACCGUGAUAGUGCAUGGCAGCUCGUUUGCUGUGGGUCCUGAGUGCCAGGCCUGAUAAUCUCCCUCCAAAAAAAAAAACCACUGACACUGCCUUGGACAAGGCUAUGUGUUUGACUGUUGCAAAUAACAUGCAUUUAGCGGUGGCUCUUGAAGUGUGCAGUGUGGACACGGCCAAAGUUGGCUGUAUCUCCUUUGGGUGUUUUAGUGUUUGUAAAAAAAAAUGAAGCACUUUUUGUCACAGUGGAAGAAAACUGUUGAACCAUUUAUCGUUGAAUGUACUGUUUUUUCUUUACACGCUUUGGCUGUUGUUGCCUGAUGUGGCACAAAUCAAAUACAUUCCAAGGAAUUUUUGACAAGUAAUAUUUGGCAUUUUGUAUCAAACGAUUGUACAUAUUGAGAGAAAUUCGUACAAGUAUUGUAUAGUCUCGAUGAGGUAUUAUGCCUUUGUAGUAUUACAAGUUCAUGCACUUUUUUGUACCGUGCGUUUUUGCUGCUGGUCACGUGUAAAAGUGCACGCCAUGUCAACAGAGAUGCUAGGAGUGAAAUUCAUGAACGGUUCUUUGCUGCUUUGCCAGUGGUAUGCCAGUCAUUAACCGGCUGUCAACUAGACACUGCCCAUGUGUGCCACGACAACUGCUUGGAAUUUCUCAGCCGAACAGAUGCAGUGUCAUUCCCCGUAAGAUCUCACCGGCUUGUCAGUCUCUUUAGCCUGACGCAACCAAACGGGAAGGCCAAUCCGAAUCUUCUCCAAAUUCCCAGCACCCUUUUUGUUGGCAGCGCUGCCAACCAUAUUUGUCAGAACACUGAGCAAAUUUGAUGAGCUUAAUCAUUUCCGGGGAGCUUUGGCAGGUUUUAGUCAAAAAUUAACCAUUGGUAGUUCGGAGGACUCUUGUCGCCGCCAGUUCCAGAAGAAUGGUGUUUGGUAUUGAAACUGUUUUUUUGAAUCUGCAUUUCAAAUCUCGAAAUAUCUGGAAACACAGUUCCACUGGACAUGUCAUGACACACAGUGUUGGACUAGUCUGGAACAUCGCACGUUCCUCAGCCAUACAACAAUCAGGUCUUCACAACGACGGGAUAAGCAUUGGUGUACACUCAGAGGAGCCUGAGGUCUGCAGCAAAUUUCAAAGCUUCGUAAUAGUCACUGCCAAGACAGUUGUGAAAAGUGUAGAGAUAAAAAACUAAUAAGAUUCUUGAAAUUUUGCCAGCAUUAUUACAUUAGACACAAAAAGUGUCAACUGUUGUCGUUUAUUUGAAACUGCUGUUAUUUUUUACUGUGUGUUCCAUUUUUUCCAUGGCAUUUUUCAAGACAGUGUUUAUGUAAAGAUUGGUUCAGAAGCAUGCCAAAUUCUGCAGAAUUUGUCCCUUCAAAAGGUCACACUUGUUGCUGAGCUCACCCUAUGUUUAGAUAGGGAUCCACUCAUGUUGCACGGUGUCCCAGCUGAUUUUUGAUUCGUGAGCCUUGCUUUAGCUUUUGAAAGACAAGAAUUGCAAACACUGGCUGCAAUCAACUUGGAGAAAUUCCCAAGACUCAGCAAAAGGAUCUUUCUGUUACAUUGAUUUCCGUCAAGAUCCCAUGAUUUCCAUCAAGUUCCCUUGAUUUCCGUCAAGUUCCCUUGAUUUCCGUCAAUGCACCUUGCAUAAAGAGUUGACAUGCCAGCGAUAUUAUUUGUUUACACUAGAAGUAAUUUUAAACAAGUCUUGUGUUAUAUCAGAGGUGUCUCGCGUGAUGCUAUGUUGUAUAUGCAGCCCAAUGUACAGAUGAUGCAUGGGUAUGCCAACGUAUUUACUGCAGUGCAUUAUGGGAUACACUGGGGUUAUUGGUGCGACUUACAUGGCCGUUGUUUGCCACAAGUAGGGGAAAUGACAGAUGGACAAGUUACAUUCAAUCACAAAAGUGCAAGGUGCAAUAUCACCAUUUCCAGUAGUGGACGGUAAUUCCUGGGAAGAUUUAAAAUGAUGGUUACCCAAAAAUUUCCUUUUGGACUCAGAGGUGAACACACUCGGGGUGUAAUUUGACCGUCAGAAUUAGAAGGCCAUUACUGCGGUGGCACAACACUCGUGGACAGGUGGUACCCGUGAUUUACGUGACUCAUUGACCAAUAGGGUGUUGUGAUUUGCCAAAUGCAUGUGCACGUCAAGCUAAAGAAUGUGCGCAUGAAUGCUGUGCUAGUUAUGAUGUCCAAUAGGAUUAGUCUGUGCGCUUAUGAUAACAGUGUGCGGGGGGGGGUGUAUGCACCGAUGACUCCUGUUCUAUCCAACCACACACUGCUAUAAACACUGCUGUACGUCAUCGGUACAUAGGGCUAUUGAGGCUUUAUGCAUGGGCACACCAGACAGAUCGCAGGAUUCAUGCCAGGAACAUUAUUGUGGGUAGCUUGUGUCCAUUUCUCAAAUGUCAGCUCCAUUUAGGCUUGGAGCGUCCGUUUUCCAAUCUCAAAUCCACGUAUAGAGUCCAUUUUGGUGACAGGGACCUCGACAUUUUUCAUCUUGAAGAUGUAUGUGGGCUCUGACACUUGUCUGAAAUUUUGAGUAUGCAGGAAAAGGUUCCUUAUGUUUGGUCCAAAUUUGUAAUUGAAAAUCAUGGGGGAAAAAGGCUGAAAUCAGGCCACUGUAAGAAGAUUUACAUGGCCGCCCUACCAUAGAAAGCCACCCUUUGAGAGUCUAUUGUUUUUGUUUGAGCCGUAAAGUUGUGACAAUGGAUCAAGGAAAGAGGGAAAUGCCAGAGAUGAGAUUUUUUUUUUAUUUUAGAGAAGGCCCUUUAAAGAUAACUGUAUCAUUGCAUUGUUGGACAGCUGGGCUCAGGACAGACACGUCCAAAAGUCGUGGCUACGGCUGUCGGCAGCACACGUGUCUGUUUUAUAUGGAAAGAACCCCUAGCCACUGGCCUCCCAAGGCACAUGUAUCCAUUAUCAGCCAUAGCCAUAAUAUUAGUCACAGCCCAACUGUGUACAAAGUAGAAUAGAGGCUUUGCAUGAUAGCCAUCUUACAGGGUAGCUCUUUUGUUCCACAGGGAAACCUCCUUUGUGCAUAUCCUGUGGAACAAAAGCUGUGCCCCGCAAGAUGGCUACCACGUAAAGCCUCUAUAGGUGCGCUUUGCAACAGUUUUGAAUUCAUCACUCCAUGAGUGAGCUGCUUUACACCAUCUUUCUUGUAGCAGUUAUUGUGGGGAAAUAAACAACAUUUUGCACGGGAAACUGGCUAACUUCACCUAUACAUCUUUUUAAGGUUUUGUAUAGAAUUUCACUGUAAGAAGUUUUAUUUAUAUUUUGCAUGCAUUUGCAAUAAUUGUUUCUUAAAACAGUAUCCAAUUUUGGGGUAAGUGAAGUUAAAGCAUCAUUUACCCGUUCUUAAUUGCAAUAAGUUGGCUAAAAAAAAAAGUCAAAAAGGAUAACUUCACACUGCAGUAUUUGUAAAAUGAAAACAAUAAGUUAUCUUUUGGCCAUUCAGUUUUGUAGAGAAGAUUCUUUCCCAUUUUGUUUCAAGUCAGUGUGUAAAUGGCAACGUGUUAAUUUUUUUCUCCUUUUAAUUCUAUUCCUCUUAAGUUCAAUGUAUUUAGGUGUUCCAUUCAAAUUUUAUUACCUAUAUUUAUGAGCAUUGGUGUUAAAACAUUUGUACAAAUAGUUUUUUUGACAAGAACUUCACUAGGCCCGCCAAAGUCUUUUGUAUAUUGAAUUUUCUUUUAUUAAUGUUAUUAUGAAUGUCUCAAUAUUCUAUUAAGAAAACAAAUCAAUUUUAAAAGGUUAUUCUGAGAAAUAAAAUUAUUUAAAAAUCCUCCAAA